AUGGAUAGCAUCGCCAAGUCCCACGGCCUGGUGUCGAAAAUCGCACUUUUACCGCCAUUGAGUCUUUGGGCGGUCACACAGCUGACGGUCGUUGGGGUUAGCCUGCCUGUCCUAUGCCACUUCGUUUCCGUCUUCGCGGUAGUGUUUUACAACUAUUUUCUCCAUCCUGUCGCCCACGUAAAGGGGCCCCUUCUCGCAGCAUUGUCGCCGGUGAGUCCGGUUGUUCGAGUAGCCCCCAACGAGCUGUCGUUCGCCACCGAAUCGUCGUUGAAGGCAGUCCACAACCCUGGGCCAAGCGGCAGCCUCUUCACCAAGAAGGGCACCUCCGAAGAAAUGAUCCUCCGUCUAGUCUUCCCCGCGACGAACUUGCUCACAGUCCAAGACGAUGCCGCCCACAAGACCCUCAGGACUGCACUCCAGCCGGCCUUCACGGCCAAGGCGCUGCGGGACCAGGAGGAAAUUACACAGCAACACGUCCAGGCGACUGUGGAUGCGCUGGCGGCGGCAGCGAAGACACCCGGAACCCCGAUUAGCCUCACUCGCGAGCUUGGAAAGAUGAUCUGGGGCAUCGUGGGACAUCUCAGUUUCGGCCAGCCUCUGUCUAUCGACCAGCUCGAUAACUACGACCAUCGAAAGGACCUCCAUGCCAAAGUCGCGUCCAUCAUGGAGUUCUUCCAAUACAUGGCCUCUGUCCCAGUCAUCGGAUCCAUGAUCGUCUUCUCUGUCGUCACGUAUAGAAAGUUGUUUGGCUCAAGUCAACACAUCCUCGGCAAGCAGGAGCUUGACAGCCACAUCGCAAGUAAGCGAAGCGGCAAAGACUUUCUCUCUGCGAUUCUAGCUGCCAAGGACGCCGCCCAUCUGACUCAUGAAGAGCUCUACAGCAACAUGACCCUGCUUCUAAUGGGAGGCUACGACAGCAGUUACGUGACACUGUCGGCAGUCUUCUACCACCUCCUCUCGAAGCCCGAGCACUACCGCCGCCUCCAGUCCACCCUGCGCAGUGAGUUUGCGUCCGCCGACGACAUAACCUGCAUCGCCGUCCUUCAGCAGCCCUUGCUCAACGCCUGCAUCAACGAGGCCCUGCGCCUCGUGCCGCCCAUCAACGGCCACGGCAGCCACCGCGUCGCGGCCAAGGGCACCGCCAUCGAGGGCAUCUGGGUCCCGGCCGGCACCCUGGUGAGUGCCGACAUCUACACCAUCCAGCGCGACCCCAAGUGCUGGGCCUUCGCGGACGAGUACCGCCCCGAGCGCUGGCUCGACGAGUCCAACGGCCCCGGAACGCCGUUCGCCAAGGACGUCCGCACCAGCUGGCGGCCGUUCGCCCUGGGCCCUCGCGCUUGCAUCGGCCGCGAGAUGGCGCUGCAGUCGAUCCGGCUAGCCGUCGCCAAGAUUGUGUUCCUGUUCGACUUGACCUUGGAGAAUCGCGACAUGGUCUGGGACAGGGAUGUCGGCAGUCAUUUCCUGUGGCACGACUUUGACGUUCGUGUCAAAGUAGACAAUGCGCGCGGGUAA